AGUUUUAUCCACGCGUUUGUCCAGAGUUGUGUAGUUGUUUGGCUUCUGCUCAUUCGUCGUCGUGUGUUAUGAUUUGUAAUCGAGCGAAGUGUUGGGUUGUCGUCGCUGAAUCACUCCUCCGUCCAUGAUUGUAUAUCUUAUACGACUGGAAGAGGGUACAGUCUCAAAGAGGAUCUAUCUCCGGCGUGGUCGUUAGUGAAGUCUCCCUUCUCGCGUUCGUCUGAAGUGAAGUUCAACUGGGAAUAUCGUCCUGGAAUAAAAGCAGUAUUGCAGUGGUAUAUUCAAGAAAGUACAUUCGAUGGUGGUUCGAAAGUGAGAAUAAUUGUGUAACUACGCAAUGUGAUUGAAAGUGGUGAAUAAAAUAACGGCUGACUAUCCGUUUAGUGUACUGUUAAUACUCAAUAUUCAAGAGAUUAUUGAUUAGGGGAAAUAAUAAAGCAAAAUGGUGCUGUACAAGCUGAUGGUUGUGCAUUGGUCUAUUUUUACGCUUUUUAUUCAGCUGGCUUUUUGUGCAUCUGCAUUUACAAAUAGCAACCUCAAUUCAAUUUGUGACGAUGAUAGUCCACAGUUCAUCCACGAAACGGGAUUGCAAUCGAGUUUGGUGUUGAAUCUCUUGCCAGAUAAAAGCAAACCGUUUUGCAAGCUUCAAUUUCACGCUCCGGAAUCCCACGGUUUCUACGUGCGUCUGCAGCGAAUACCGAUGCCCGUAAGCACCAACCGUAAAGUCUCCCAGCAAAGCAGCGGCAUGUCGAAAAAGUAUGGCAGCAAGAAACCCAGCAAUAUCACUGAUUCCUGUGCACUGAGCAUAUCUCAAUCAUUGCACGGUGAAGUGCUUCCUCCAUGGCGGUUGGAUCCCUGUGAGCUGGAAACUCUUGGUGCCAAAGACGAACCGGUAAGGUUGCUGCAAGGGAGAUUAAACAUUGUCUGGAAUCAUCUGGGCAAUCAACCCGCAUACAGAUUACUGGUAACUGUAAUCGGUAACGGUGCCCCUUGUCUGGAGAAAAAUCGGCAUCCGUGUUUGGAAGUGGAUGACGUUCCUCUUCUGUGCAUUUCAAAGGAUCUCAUUUGCGACGGGGUGCGGCACUGUCCUUCGUCAAUGAAUGCGUUAAGUGACGAGGACAGUGAAAUGUGUGCGAAAAAAAGUCAGCAGGAUUUAACGGAUAAUCCGGUUGAAAUGGUAUUUAAGAAAUACAUACAAACUACAUUCAAAGCAUUCUUCUUUACCGAUUCCACCGAAAUGCCUAACAAAGAGGCAUCAACAGUAUCGAGCGACGAGAAACUGGUAGAAACAACUGAAACCCAAACUCAAAGCACUAUUAAGCAACACAAGAGUACCCUUACGGGGUUAUCGAAGUAUGGCCCUUGGGGGUAUUUGUUCCUCGGUAUGCUGCUCUGCGGUGGCGCACUUUUGUUAUGCGGCUUGUGGGAAUGCUGCUGCCGGUCACAAAAGCCAGAUUCAUCAGAAAUACCAGGCCAGGAGAAUCCAUCCGUAUUUCUCGAGUCUGGAGUGAGCAACUCCAACAUGAACACAUCGAUUGAAGCUGCUCAAUCACUUCCUCCAUACGAGGAUCUUGAUCCACCGCCAGCAUAUUCGGUUCUCUUUCCAAACCAAAAAUCAUCGGACAAUCUCCCUUCGUUGGCUCAAGCGUCAAGUGUGAGUCAGCAGAGUGCCGAUGGCAUUAAUGAACCAGUGCAAUCUAGUAGCGGUGCAGCGAGCAUCAGCACAGUCCACAUCCAGACCCAAACCGGUCCAUGAGUAAUCUUAUUCAUAAGCAUAGGUUUAGAAUCUAAAUAAGGCUGAUUUUAUUAUUUAUUUAACAGAAAUCCGUAUUGUCGAGUAGGUAGCUUAAGAAUACUCCAUUUUUACGGGUUUCCGCCAGAAAAGCCCAAAUCUGUAAAGCUAGAACCAAACCGUAGAGAAUAUUAUGAAAUUACGAUUUCAUCGAAAUUCGGUUGGAACCUGAUAAAUUGAAAUACUCUCAGGCAGGACAAUGGAACAAUCAAACAUUCCGUUACGUUUGAAAGAUUUUCAUUCAAUUUGCCUCAGGUAUUCUGUGUCACAAGUACUAUAGAAUAAGACAGAAUGUGUUAACAACGAAAUGUGUGAGGUCUCACAGGUAAGCAUUUGUAUUCGUAUUCAGCUAAAUCGUCAUGUGAUAUUAAAUUAUUUGUAAUCAUGGACAAUUGAGAAAAACAGUCAAAUUAGUCACUAAAA